AGAAGCAAAUAAUUAAAAGAUUCGACCGUUUAACCAAAACACAAGCCAAGCACACACUCUUGAACACUCCAUUCUCUAUAUAUACACACGAGUACUCGUAUAUAGAUAUUAUCAAAAUAUAUACAACAAGAAGUUCCGGCGAUGUCGUCAACGGCAAGAAAUAUUUCCGGCGGAGGUAACCGAAAGUCCAGUAGGCUUCAGCGGCGUGCUCCACCGCCUCUAAAGAUAAACCCUUCGGAAGCGAAUUGGAAAGUGGCUAUUCCUCUUUUAUCACCUACGGAGUCGCCGCCGCAGAAGCCACCGGCUGUAAUGAAGAGGGAGGAGCAACGGUGGGGAAAAGAAGCGGAGAAGCCCACGAUAUUUAAGAAGUGGCAGCACCCUGCGGCUCCGUUUUAUUACCAGCCAGCGCCGUCAUCGAAUCAGCCGUUUGCAUGGCCAAAUUAACGACCACUAAUUAGGUAUAAAUUGCAUAUAUGUCAUAUGUGAUAAAAUUGCAUAUCUUAUUUAUAUUAAACAUGCUACCUAUUAUGUGUCAUCUUUAUGCAAUAUGUAUGUUUGGUUUGAUGUUGUUAUUUCCUUCAUAUGUAACCAUGAAUUAUAAACUAGCUAUACUAUAUAUAGUGUAUUAUUUCAUAUUAGACACGAUCAACGAAGAAACUAUAAUCGCCGUAUAAUUUAUGUGGCAAUUAUAAAUUGGUUAUUGAUAUUCGUUUGGCACUACAAAAUAUAAAUUUUAAUAAGAAUUUCAGCAAGUAAAUUAAAUUUUA